GUCAUAUGACUUGUGGUUCCGCAGAAUUGGGUACAGUCAUUUACAGUUGUCAACAACAGUCCAAGUUUCCGUCCCGAGGUUUAAACCGUGUUCGGGAGGUUCUCACACGGAAUAUGUCAGCCUCAUAAACCUGUUUAGGAUUUCAGCUCACCGUCUUCUUAGGAUAACCAAUGUCAGAUGUCCGUUGCCAUGUCUAGUCUGGAGAGCCUGCGGUCCUCUGUGUUUACCUUUGAGUCCUCCGUGCACAGCUGCCAUGUGCUGCGUUGUCUGGACGACCAGCGGAGGCGUGACCUGCUGUGUGACAUCACUGUACUGGCCGAAGGGAGGAGUUUCAGGGCCCACCGUUCUGUGCUGGCCUCCUGCAGCGACUACUUCACACACAGGGUCUCCUCCCACGCACCACAGGGACUUGUCGUCACCCUGCCUCAGGAGGUGACGGUGAGUGGCUUGGAGCCCCUGCUGCAGUUUGCUUACACCUCCAAGCUGCUCUUCAGUAAAGAUAAUGUCAUGGAGAUACGACACUGUGCCUCUAUUCUGGGUUUCAGGGAUCUGGACUCGGCCUGUUUUGACUUCCUCCUGCCCAAGUUCUUCAGCAGCAGUUCGGCCACCUUCCAGAGGAAGACCUGCUGUAAGACACGGUGCAGGAGACAGUCCCCCGGGCUUAGCGACAUCGACACGAACAAGGAUGUCUUAGAUGAUGACAAAGGGGUCCGGGUGGUUUCUGAUUCGCCCGCUGAACAGGAUGUGGGUGGCCAACCAGCAAAUGACGAGACGGGACGUGAAAACAAAAAUCUCACCCAUCCUCCUGAAGCCGAUAUCCAAUCAGACGGCCAGACUGACUACUCCCUACAAUGCCCCAAGUACCGAAAGUUCCAGCAGGCUUGUGGGAAGGUGAGGCCGUGUGUGGAGAUCUGUGUCCCAGAAACAAACCAUGACUCCCCAGUGGUGAGAGAGGAGGGCUGCCCUCUACCCCUGCACCUUCCCAAGUCCUUGCGACCCUGCUCCAGUGGGGAGGAUUUAGGGAAGGACUUCCCUGGGACUGAGUCUGGGAACCUCCGGAGCAGCAGCUCCACCUUGAACUGGCUUCACCAGCUUGACAUCAGCUCCA